UGUCACCGGACGUUCAUUUCGCGGAAAAAACGUUUCUGAACACUCAAUUCGCAGAAAAAACGUCACCAGACGUUCAUUUAACGGAAAAAGUGUCUCCGGACGUUCAAUUCGCGGAAAAAACAACACCAGACGUUCAAUUCGCGAAAAAAGCAUCUCCAGAUGUUCAAUUCGCGGAAAAAAUGUCACCAGACGUUCAAUUUGUGGAAAAAACGUCACCGGAC